CCGUGGGCUCCUCUCCCGGGGCACGGCCCGCUGCCCACCCGCCCCGCCUGUCUCUCCCCACCUGCCCGCAGCCCGCGGGCCCCGUGCCCGCUGCCGGGCCCUCCGAGAGCUCGGGUGUGCCCUAGGGAUGCUGAAGGGUGGCCCAACGCCCUUGUGGCCAGCGUGGUGCCCGGGGAGAUGCUUUUCCAGCAACGUGGAUCUGAGUUGGGAGCGUGGCUGGUGGGGAUUUGCUGCUGCUGGGAUCCCCUGCUCGAGCUGCAGCUGCCAGGUGUGGAAGAGGCUCUGUGGGAGCUCAGAGGGUGGCUGGAAGCAUUGCACUCGAGGGGUCACAUAUUGGAGGCCAUGCUGACCCGUAGCACUGGUGGCUCCGGGUUGCUGCAGCUCACUUGCAGCAGUGCCACGUGGUGAGUUAUUGGACAGUGCGGAGAUAGGAAUGGGAAUUGUGAGCUGAUGAAGGCAGCUCCUCCGUGCCUGGGCCCGGGUGUAGGUGUCAAUAAGGAUCUUGGCAUACUGCAAUGGAUGUGUGAAUGAUAUUGGCUGCUCACCCAAGGCUGGGAGCUUUGUCAGCACGAGGGCGACUGAGAUGUCCUGAGGGGGUAGGGCAGCUGUCUCUUGCUAUGGCAGCUAUGGGUUGCCAUGUCUCCCUGCAGCAACACGAUGCCUGCAGUCUCCCAUGUCAGGCCAAGAGCCCAGCUAGCUGCCCUUCAGCACCCCAACUAAGAUGGCCGUUGUUCUCUCUCACUGAGCAACGUGCAGGCUCCUCAGACUUCCUCUGUGCAGGUGGAGGACAAGACACAGUUCUGUUCAUAGGCCCGGUUAAGAAGCAGUCAGCAGCACGGUGCUGGAGGGCUCUGCAAGUCCUGCUCCGCGUGGCCAGGUGAGUGAACCCACGGGUCCUGCUGUUCUGUGACCUGUUCUGACCCCUCCUGUGGCUGCAGCACCCUGCGGCUGCCUGUCGGAGAGGGGGCAGGAGAUGCAGGGCUGUGUGCUUGUGGCUCCUAUGGUGAAGUGUGGGGACAGUGAGUGGUGCCCUUCUGCCUGGUGUGGGUACUGAGUGUGUCACUGACACAGAAUCACCGCAGUCUGGGGGAUCACGGUGUCACAGCGCCCAACCGGCCUGGCUUCAGGGGAGGAAAACCACGUCUCGCUUACUGAGCUCCUUGAACGUAAAAGGACAGAUAGUAGCUUCUAUUAGAGCAAUUGAUACAGCUGGAAAAAAUAGACAAGCUUUUGGGCACAGACGUACUGCGUGUAUGGCUUUUUCCAGCUGCAUCAGUGGGUCUCAUAAAAAGCUAUUGCCUCUGCCUACAGACCUCAUAUCACUUAGUUCUCGGCUCAUCACAGCUACAGCACAGCUGCUUGAAAACGCAGACAAGAGGCAGAAAGAGGGUUCUCUGUCACAACGUCUUUAGAGCUCCGAAAGGCCUCCAGCCGGACCACAGCUCCCAGCGAAGCCGGGCAGGCAGAACGCUGCCCGUGGAGCAACGGGCGGGGAGCAGCCUUCGGCUGCCGCAGCAGAAUUAGAGGGUGGUGGCUGCUUAAGCUAACGAGGAUGGCUGGAGGCUGCGAGGGGUGUCAGAGAAAGCAGAGAAAUGCAGCACAUAGGCAGAGCGCCGGCGGCCGGGACCUUGUUUAAUGCGUGUAGCUCGCGCGGGGCCCAUCCGCAGCCACGCUACCUGCGGGGCCGGGCAGGCGGGGGGCCGGGCUGGGGCGGGCCCGGUGCCGGUUGCUAAGGACGCGGGGCGGGCCGAGUGCCGGAAGCGGCGGUGGCGGCGGCGGAUGGAGGCAGAGCGGGAACGGGCAGAGGCGCCCCGCCGGGCGGGGGUGCCCAGGAUGGGCCGGCGGGCUCGCCAGGACCUCUUCUCUGGUGAGAGCCUCAGCAGGAAGAACUCCUCUUCUGCGUCCGCGGGAGAGGAACCACCGCCUAAACCCCCACGCCGACAAGGAGGCUGGGCAGUCGAUCCUGUGCUGGCGCCUACCAAGUCAGGAAAAAAGCAUGCAGAAGAAGUAGAAGAUCAUCGUCUCAGACAGCAGAGCCAGGAGGUAUCAAGUGAGGGAGGAGAUAUUCCUGUGAUCCCUGACUUAGAGGAAGUCCAGGAGGAAGAUCUGGCCAUGCAGGUGGCAGCCCCACCCAGUGUGCAGGUGAACCGAGUAUUGACCUACCAUGACUUGGACAAAGAUCUUAUGAAGUAUGCUGCCUUUCAGACUCUGGAUGGAGAGGUUGACCUGAAGCUUCUCACCAAAGUCUUGGCUCCAGAACAUGAACUACGGGAGGAUGAUGUCUGCUGGGAUUGGGACCAUCUCUUCACAGAGGUAUCCUCAGAACUAGUAACUGAGUGGGACGUGGGACAGUCUGAGAGAGAGGACCACCUCAGUGUACCCUAGAGCACUAAUACACCAGAUAUCUCCUCGUAUACACAUUCCCUGUAAAUAAUUUAGCACUUUAAUUUUCUAUUCACUUGUUUGUAUUUGAGAAUAUAUUUCAGACAUGGAAAUAAAUGGAGCUUGCUCUGUAGGAAAACUGGC